UGAGCACAUAAAUCAAUGUGACCGAACAAAGUAAAAGAAUUUCUGUGCAAAAAUCGAAGACGCUUCGUGGAGAACCAAACAAAAACGCAAAACAAAGUUAAACUAAUAUGCAAACGGCAAGCUCAACUACAGCAGCAGCUGUAGGUGGGGCAGGCGGCGAGCCCAUGGCAGCACCGCUGCGCGCAUGUAGUACGAGCGGCUGUCGGGUGAGCAAGUAUGUCGAAGUGACCAAGCGCAAGUGCUCGCAGUUUGUUUCCGCACCAUACAUUAUGCCCAAGCCCUUGGUGGUCAAUGGCAAGACAUCGAUUUUCCAAGUGGGCGGCGAAAUGGCCAAAAUGGGCGACAUACCCUCGCUGGCUGCUGCAGCGGGCACUGGUGAGGGCCAACCCAUCUAUCGGAUUAAGCCAGGCACCCAUGCACAUGUCAUCAACUAUGUGUUCAUAGACGAGGGCUCUGACUCCAUGGAGAAGGCCAAGUCGGAAGAUCAAGAGGCCAUGCGAAUGCUGCUCGACUCGCAGCGUGAGAGCGCUACAGCAAAGCUGCAGAAAUUGCUCUCCACACAUCGCGGACUGGCGCUGCUAUCUGCGGCAACAACAACCACUGCUCCAGAUGCACCUGCUGCUACUGUUGCUCCAGCUGCUGUCAAUGUGGUGUCCACCGCAGCUGCUGUGUCACCGGCAGGAGUGGCCAACAACGUGCACGUGACUACUCCGCAAAUUCAUCCCAACUUGUCCAUUGCCAGUGUGGAGGGCGCUGCCUUGCCAUUUGCACCCACAGCAGUACCGAGCCUUACAUCAAUAUCCACACCCACACUGAUGCCGACUUCUGUCCAAGCGCCCACGCCCGCGCCUACUCCUGCUUCCACUUCGGUUGCAGCAGCACCUCCACCAAACACAAAGCCAACGGACACCAGCGUUGACCAGCUACAGGCCGAGAUCCUCAAGCUGCGUCGCACUGUGGCACGCCUCGGCGGAGGUCGCGCUCCCAAGUGACUUGAACAUAUGUAGAAUAAUUUGCUUAUAGGUAGCAGGAACGUUAGCAUAAAUGACACUUAUCCAUAGGUAGCCAUCGAAUACUCUUUGACCAUAGUCUAGGACCUCCUCUGUUAAUAAACAUGAACGCAUUUAGCAUUAACAAAA